AUGGAAUACCAUUCUUCCGUAGAAAAUUUGGAUGAAGAUGGAUAUACUCAAUUAGACUUCACCUCUUGCAAUAUCAUCAGGAAAUCUGUGGUCUCAGAGAAAGGAUUUUGUGCUACAUCCCCUCGUUGGCGUCCCAUUGCUGUGACUUUGGGAAUUUUAUGCUUGGUAAUGCUGGUGAUAACUGUGGUCCUGUGUACCAUGGCUAUCUGGAGACCCAGUUCAGGGAACAACCUGUUGAAGAAUAACAGCUUUCAAUCAAGAAAUAAAGAGAACCACAGUCAACGCACACAAUCAUCUUUAGAAGAGAAUGUGGCUCCUACCAAGGCUCUCACGACCACAGGUGUUCUUUCUAGCUCUUGUCCCCCUAACUGGAUCACACAUCAGAAUAGCUGUUAUCUAUUUAGCACAUCAUUAGAUUCCUGGGAUACAAGUAAAAGACGGUGCUUUCAACUGGGCUCUAAUCUCCUGAAGAUAGACAGCUUAAAAGAGUUGGAAUUUAUAUCCAGGCAAGUGUCUUCCCAACCUGACCGUUCAUUCUGGAUAGGGCUUUCUCACCGUCAGACUGAAGAACCAUGGCGCUGGGACGACGGUUCCACGUGGUUGUCUAACUUGUUUCAAAUCAGAAGAACAGUUACCAAACAAGACUCAUCUCACAGUUGUGUAUGGAUUCAUGCGUCAGUCAUUUACGACCAACUUUGUAGUGUGCCUUCAUACAGUAUUUGUGAGAAGAAGCUGUCAGUAUAACGGUGGGGAUGUCGCCGUGGAGGAGCAGAGAGAAAUAUGUAAGAUAGUAAGGAGGGUAGAAAACAACAGGUUUAUGACCAAAAGCAUCAUAAAAAAAAUCAUCCAAUUCCAUCUCUUUUUUUCUCAAAUAGCCGAGAGAAUAUGUCUGCCAUAUCUCUGACUAAGAGAAUCUUGUAUAAUGUGAAA